AGCAAAGAGAAAGGGAGGCAGAAGCCGGCUCAGCUCCCGAGGCCGGGGCCAGAGGCUGCGGCGGGCGCCGGGAGCCCGCGUACGGAGAAGGAGGCGGGGAGCUGGGUGACACCCUUGGAAAGGGCCUUGGCGCGCCAGGGAAGGUGUGGAAACAGAAGCUCUGAAUGAUAAGUGAAGGUAACAACCAUUAGCAGUGGACGCUGGAAACCGAGCUUCACCGGGAGACACCCCCCGGGGCAGUGUGGGGCCUCCUCCAACCAGCUGGCAGCCUCUCCCCGCCUGCCCUUGCCCGUGAGGAGGGAGCUGAGUCCUGCUUCCCCCCCCCAUCCGCCCGCACCUCCAGGACUGAGAGCUCUUCUUGGCAAAUCUGCCCCCAAAGAUUCCUGCUGACGCUUGUCUGUUCCUGCCCUUUUGUGAAACAUGGCACCCACAGGACUCCGAGAAGAAUCUUAAAUCCUGAGCCUCCACAGCGGCUCUGGAGGGCACUCCGUGUGGCUCAUCCACCGUCCCCGUCAGCUCCGGGAGCUGCUCACAUCCCAGCAAUGCCCUCAGGAGCCCCGACCCCAGCUGGAUGAGACCAUUCCUGAGUGGGACCCAACCUUGCCACCCACCAAGAUUCGCACACUGCCCCCCACCACCUCCCAUGCUCGGCUGCCCCAGCAGACUCUAGAAUGUCUGUGCCUCAGAUCCAAGUAGAAGAAGCGGCAGGUGGGCAAGAAGAGACGGCAGGAGAAGCCCUGCCUCCCGACGACCACCUCCGGAGCCUGAAGGCUCUCACUGAGAAACUGAGGCUGGAGACCCGAAGGCCCUCCUACUUGGAAUGGCAGGCCAGGCUGGAGGAGCCGACAUGGCCCUUUCCAAGGCCAGCUGCUGAGCAGGGGGAGCGUGGGGAGGAGGAGCCCUCAUCCCCGAGGAGAGAGCCCAGGCAGCAUCCCCCACCCAAUGGGAGUGCCAGCCAGGACGCUGGGCCCCAGCCCACCGGCAAGCUGGAAGGCUUUGAAAGUAUUGACGAAGCUAUAGCCUGGCUCAGGAAGGAACUGAUGGAGAUGCGGCUGCAGGACCAGCAGCUGGCCAGACAGCUCAUGCGCCUGCGCAGUGACAUCAACAAGCUGAAGAUCGAGCAGACCUGUGACCUGCAUAGGAGGAUGCUCAACGAUGCCACCUACGAGCUGGAGGAACGGGACGAGCUGUCUGAUCUCUUCUGUGACUCCCCACUCGCCUCCUCCUUCAGUCUCUCCACCCCACUCAAGCUCAUUGGAGUCACCAAGAUGAACAUCAACUCCCGGAGGUUCUCUCUGUGCUGAGAAGCCCUAGAAGGGGGCGGAGGGGCCAGAGCAGAGUGUCUGGGAGGCAGGGAGGGGGCAUGGGAAGGGUGUUGAGGCUGCGUUACCCUGAAUGGGUCUCCCCAGAGGCAGGGCUUCCCUGUGGCUGGUGAACCGUGGGCCCUCAGACCCACGGCAGGUGCUCUCUCAGGGGGCCCCAACUGCGGAGCCCCACGACCCUCUGACUGUCCGUGACCCAAAGUGUUCUGCAGAAGGGCCGCUCCAUCCAGAUCUUCAGUGAGACCUGGCUCCCAGCAUGACACGUCUCCAUCCUCCCCUCACGGACACCCCAUUCCUGUUUCCUGGAAUCACUGGUGCUAUGAUCUGGGAUCCCAGAGAGGGGCCCCCAAACGCUGUGAUUCUUGCAGAAAGCUUCCCCAAGGGCACUGAGCAUCCAGGAAGCAGGUGAUUAGGUAUGUCAGGUGAACCCAUCUGCUGUUGCUGUCCUCUAAGUACAGGCUCAAAUUCACCAUAGACAGGUGACUCAGCAGCCCUGACAGGGACCCACCAGGAAAGGAAAACCAGGAGGAACGACAAAGUGGAUCUCGGGACCGCAGGCCCUACAGCUGCUGGGAGUGCCUCUGCUGGGCGGCCGGUCCAGGCUGUGGCCACUCUUAGACCUUGGCACUACUGGUGCUACAUCGAUUGUUUUCAGCGCGAGCCAGGACACACCCGGGCAGCGUGGGUGGGGCAAACACAGAUACCUUCUCUGUUGCCUGCCCUGGCCACACACCCCAAUCCAAAUCUCCAAAGAGCCCCUUUGUGGCCACCCUGUGCCACCCUGCACCUCCAGGGGAGUGCCCGAGUGAACUAGGCAAAUCUGUCCGUGGAUUUCCCAUCACCGAAUUCUCCUGGUGGUAUCACCUUUGUCCCCCUCUUGCCCCGCCCCCCCACCCCCAGAAAGACUCGAGGGAGCUCAGGAGCUCACCCUGAGCCUCCUCUGACAUUCUGUGCCUGAUUUAAAUCACUAAUUUUAAUUGAAUCAGACGGUUACUAAUCUGUUGCUAACUUGUUCACAACUGUUUGAUUUUUGUCCACAUGGUGAUGCCAGUUGGGUAGGUCAAGUUCAGUAGUUUAGGAUUUGAUUUGAAAAGGUUCUCCCUACCAACAAGCAUGAGGCUCAGCAAGGCGAAGACUGAGACCUCAACAGUGAGGAAAGUUAGCCUCGUGGAAUGCCAUGUGGCGCAGGUUCUCCGCCCAGCUGGGGGUGCCUUUUGACGUCAUCUAGUUCAAGCCUUCUUGUUCAGAAAGGAGUCAAGUGAAACCAGGGAAAGAGGAUGACUUCCCUCAGAUUACACGGCUCCUUAGUGGCUACUAUCAACAGGUUAAAUCAUUACUAAGAAUGCCUAGACAGAUCACGUAUCAAUGAACUUGAACCCCAAAGACGGUCCUAAUGUUUUGCCAAACCCACAAACUGCCAAGCCCUCUACUCUCCACCUCACGCAGCCCCAACGCGUACCUCUCACUUUGCAAUUCAGAAUAUUUGGGUCCAACUCAGAGCAAUGCCUGGAAAGUGGACCCACAGAACACGUAUUACCAGUCACACUUCCAUGGUCGGAGUAAGGUGUCCUGAUGUUCUUUCAUGUUUCAUCCUGUCGUAUAGUCUCACUGGGGCCCGCGCACACUUCACACACACACACACACACACACACACACACACACACACACACACACUGACCCACACUGGGAAGGUUGUUUUUCUUUUGUGGGCUGGCAGUGCGAGGACGUGAAUGAAUGGUCCCUAGUUAGAAAAGAACUUGGUCUCUUUCUUGUGAUUUCAAAGAGCCAGAGGCUUUAUGCUUCCUUCGCAAAAGGUAUAACAACGUAGAUAAGAGGUGUUUUCUGCCUGACUCUGAGCAGUGACUGAAGUCCGAGGCCCAGAGGACUGGUCCACAGAAGAGACCUGGGUGGGACGCCAGACCUUUUAGACCUGCUCCCCCUGAGGCAGGAAGGGAGGGGGAUUUUCUCGACCCCGAGCUGUCUCUCCUCAGGGAUUCUGCACGAGCACUGCCAAGUCCUGUCGAGGUAUUCUCGCCAGUCUACUCUGAGAUACGUCCUUGAGAUGGCAGGGGUCAGGGUGGCCUGCACACGCCACCCGCUCUGGAGAGGCACACAGGUACACAUACACCCACACAGGAAAGCCCAUUCCAUCUUCUGAAAAUGAUGCCAAACUGGCUUUUUUUUUUUUUUCCUUUCUAGAAAUCAGUCAUUACAGGAAUUGAAAAAAUUGGAUUCAACUGAAGUGGCUUUAGUUGAUUUUGUCGAUCCAAUUGAAUUGGUGUCAACUUUGGCAAUUUAGUUGUCCAGCUCACCUAAUGUCCCCUUCCUUUCUUUGUUCUCUGAGAGCAAACCGAGAUUGAGGCACACUUUUUGGAAUAGGUUAGACAUCUCAGCUCUUUUGCUUAGUUCACCCCCAAGAGAAUUUAAUUUGGGGAUGAGGAUGGAGGAGAAAGGGGAAGGGACCAGAGAUGAGAGUGGAGGGGGGUAGACUGGGUGCGUCUCCUUACUCAUCAUCCAGUGUCUGUUAGCUCCCUUAUUCCCACAGGGAACACGAAUAACUCCGCAGGUCAGCUCCCUGUUGUAAAGUCCCUGCCUUAUGGGGGCUCAAGCGAUGUCUAUGGGUCCCCUGCAACCUAACCUGUGUUGCCAGCAUCCUGGGGCCACCUUCUGGCUCACCACGUGUACACAAUACUGUUUGUAGUUUAAAUCAUCAUCUGCCCAUCUCUGUGUCACCCCCAAGGACCGCGGGUAUAAACCACGAGGUCUCCAUAGACACCGCCAUGCACGGCAGUGUGUGGUGCCUUCAUGGACUCAGCAGAGAUCACAGAGGCCCGGGGAGCCUGGGGAGGCUUGAGAGGGCCUGGGCCAGCCCCAGGGCCUCCUCCCUGUAGCAAUAUCAAGUGCUAUUACAUAAUCGAUGGACAAUUUAUAAUCUUAUUUUUUAUGGUUCUUUGUUUCUAUAUUGCUGUUAGAAGAAGUGAAAUAAAAAUAUUUCAAAAGAA